CUUAAUAUUCGAGAGAGAGAGAGAGGAGCUUCUCAUAGGGGAAAAAAAUGGGUGACUUGCAAGAUACAUCCCAAGACUCCAGUAAAGAUAAUACUAAAGAUUCAAAAGGAGAGGAAUCCAAGUUGAAGUUCUCUAAAGAUGAAGAAGAUCUCAUUGCGAGAAUGUUUAGCUUGGUUGGACAAAGGUGGGGUUUGAUUGCUGGGAGAAUACCAGGAAGAAGUGCAGAAGAGAUUGAGAAGUAUUGGACUUCAAAGUAUGGCAGCAGCUCAUCAAGUGAACAAUAGCUUUUGAGCCCAAGUGAUGCAAAGGAAUUCUAGUGGACUACUUGUUGUGGUUUAGAACUAUAUAUAGACACAAUUCUUGGUUUUGUUUGUGAGGUUUGCUUUUUUUCUUUUCUUUUCUUUCUCGUGAUCUAAUUCUUCUUGAUUCGAAGUACCAGCUGAGGAUUGUGACAGUUUUUGAGUUUAAUUAAUCUUCUGU